AUGAUUGGCCCGCCGUGCGGCGGCGCUCGAACCCCAUUGGGGGCGGGCGAGCAAAAAAAGGAAGAUUUUGAGGGUGAAAGGAAAAGGUUCUACCAGAAUGUCAGCAUCUCCCAAGGUGAAGGUGGCUUUGAAAUCAACUUGGACCACCGAAAACUGAAAACCCCCCAGGCCAAGCUCUUCGUGGUGCCAAGCGAGACUCUGGCUCUGGCUGUGGCGACUGAAUGGGACUCUCAGCAGGACACCAUCAAGCUCUACGCAAUGCACCUGACAACCUUGUGCAACACAGCUUUGGACAACCCGGCGCAGCGAAGCAAAGAUCAGCUCAUCAAGGCAGCUGUGAAAUUCUUGGAGACAGACACAGUUUGCUACCGGGUAGAAGAGCCGCCUGCCUUGGUGGAACUGCAAAAGAAUGAGUGGGAUCCCAUAAUCGAGUGGGCAGAGAAAAGGUACAAUGUUGUGAUUGGCUCAUCAACAAGCAUCAUGGGUCCCAGCAUCCCGCAAAGCACGAAGGACACCUUUGUCAGCCACCUGGCAUCGUAUAACAGCUGGGCCCUUCAAGGCAUAGAAUACAUGAUCACCCAGCUGAAGUCUCUGGUUCUCUCGAUGAGCCUGCUCGACAAACACCUCACGGUUGAGCAAGCUGUCCUACUAUCUCGUCUAGAGGAAGAAUUCCAGAUCCAGCACUGGGGGAACAUUGAGUGGGCCCACGACUAUGACAUGUACGAACUUCGGGCCCGCACGGCCGCUGCUGCCCUUUUUGUUCAGCUUUGCUUAGAGAAUUCCACAGUCAAGCACAAGCUGCUGCAGGACUGAGACUCUGGAGCGGACAAGGAACGGGCACCGGUGGCACUGGGCAGAACUGUAGAACAUCCAGGACCGACUGAGUGGCAGGUGGAGAAGGUGGGGUGAUGGAAUCGCACUACUCGUCCAAGGCUGACCUGGUGAUAGCGGUGAUGCUGAUGGGCCUUGGAGCCUUAGACUGACUGGGGGUUGCAAUUCUCCCUGAACGAGGGGGCAGGAAUGCCUGGCAUCCGUUUCCUUCUGUUCAUCCUGAACCUAGCCCUUGGCACAUCCAAGCAGACUUCCCUUCCUCGUACUACACCCCCUGUCCUCCUGGCUGAGAGUCCUGGCCUUCUGACCCUUGGAUGCCCCCAAGUUUUGAAUUGCCAGGAGGAAAUCCGUUCAUUCCUGGAAGUGACAGGCACCGUCCAGCUGCGGCUAUUUUGUACCAUUGUGGCCCCUAUUCCCCUUGAUUCCCUGGCUUACCAGCAGCAGCCCAGUUUGAGUUUUUCGGGGCCUCCAUGGGGAGGCAAGCCACUCGAGGCACAGCUGCUGCAGGUGCUCAUUUUGGCUGGGCUGAUGCUGACCACCACCCAACUUAAUUGGAAUCUGGACCAGUCCGUGGUGGGCAGUGUGGCACAGCCUCACCUCUUACCCAAGGUGGUGGCUCACUAAGGGCUCCUGGCAAAUCAAGAGAGAGCAGGCAAUCCCUUUGCUUCUUCAAACGAGAAUUUGUGGGCAUCAGUGCUCCACCGUUUGGAAUUAAGUGGGGCGUUGGCAGCCUCCAUUGCACAAGGGGCGAAGAUGCAAAACUGCUGCUGGAUACUUUGGAUAGCAUGGAAGGGCGUAGGCACCUAUUUGACCUCUCGGCAGGUGAAUCAUGGCUGCUUUUAUAGCAAAGGUGGUAUGAUGCUAAUCUGGUGCAUUUGCACUGGCCUGCCCUCCUCGCUGCUGCCUCCCCCUCCUCCCAGUAAGCUUUAGCAGCAAGUUGUCUCCUGGGAGGUACCUCCACACCACCCUGCCAUCUGCUACUGGGGUACUCUGGAGCCCUGCAGUUGGAGGGGGCCAGAACCUAGGCCAGAUCCAGUUAUGUCUCCCUAUAUCCGCUUAACCAUUCCAUGUCCUCCCAUAGUUUCUUAGCAGGCGUCUGUGUCUCCAAGGAAGCCAUAGCCUGCCAUGGCGGUUGUUUUUACCCCUUUGUGUACCCAGCAGAGAAAAAUGCAUUCUUCUCCCCUCCCUUACACUUUGAUUAAAUAUUCCUGUUUGGUGCCU